CUGAUUUACUUCCUAUAUAUACCUUCUCUUAUAGUCUAGUUUCCACCAUCAAAUUAGCAAAUCAAUCCUCUCUCUCCUCUUUAUACUCAUCUUCUUCCACACCACAAUUUCAUCAAUGGCUACAGCUGAGGUUCAAUCGGUACCGGCACCAGUCCCGGAGACUCUCCCGAAGGAGGAAGUGAUCACCGUGGCAGAGCAAGAGACGGUGGUGGCCGACGAAGCUGCACCUCAAGAAGCAGCUGAAGAAGUUGCUCCGUUGGAGAAACCAGCUGCGCCAGAGGCCGAGCCACCGGCUCCAGAAGCUGAGGCCGAGAAAGCUCCGGCUGAAGAGCCCGCUCCCGAGGCCGAGACACCAGAGGUUGCAGCCGAGGAAGCAAAGGAAACAGCUCCAGAGAAGGAGGCUGAGAAGCCGGAAGCCGAGGCCGAGGAGGAGAAGCCUGCGGCUGCAGCUCCGGCAGAGGAAGCGGCCGCCGAGGAGGAGAAGCCCGCGGCUGAGGAGGUGAAGGAGGCAGCUGAGGAAGUCCCAGUUGUGAAAGCUGAGGAGUGAUCAGAUGGUAGAGAGAGUGGUAGAGUUGGAUGUCAAGAAUGAUUCCUCAUGCAGAAGUGGCUGAAGUUUGUUUAUUUAUAUAUCCUAUUAUAUAUGGUUUUAAUUAUAAAGUUAGAAUAAAAAGUUAUGUAUGUCCAGUAAGAUGUGUGUGUACUUUUCCCCUGGAUAUUAAGUUCCCUUUCUCUUUGGUA